AUGAACAUGAAGGAAGUUGUCCAGAAGGAAAUUUUGGCCAAUGAGACUGAGAGGUGGACGGGAGGAAGCGAUGUCAACAGCACCUUUCUCCCUUACUACCAGCACCCUCCGGCUGUUGCUUCCAUCUUCAUCAUGGCAUACCUAGUUGUCUUUCUCUCAUGCAUGGCUGGAAACUCCUUGGUUUGCAUGGUGGUGGUGAAGAACCAGCACAUGCGCACUGUCACCAACCUCUUCAUCCUCAACCUGGCCAUCAGUGACCUGCUGGUGGGUAUCUUCUGCGUGCCGACCACUCUGAUGGACAACCUGAUCACAGGCUGGCCCUUCAACCAGGUUAUAUGUACCAUGAGUGGCCUUGUCCAAGGGAUGUCCGUCUCUGCUUCUGUCUUCACUCUCGUCGCUAUAGCUAUGGACAGAUUCCACUGUAUUGUCCUGCCUUUCCGAGAGAGGCUCAGCCUUCCAAAGGCCAUGGUGAUUAUUAUCGUGGUGUGGCUCCUAGCCAUAGCCAUCAUGUGCCCUUCUGCCAUCAUGCUCACAGUGGGACGCCUGGAAGACCACUACAUGGUGCUCAGUGACAGCAAGAACACCACUUACCCGCUCUACACAUGCUACGAAGCCUGGUCAGACAACAGCAUGAGGAAACUCUACACCACCAUUCUCUUCAUCCACAUUUACCUGGUGCCCUUGACCCUCAUUGUCUUCAUGUACGGAAGGGUCUGUGUGAAACUCUGCAGUUCCACGGUGCCUGUCUCUGAAAACCCACCUGGUGCCGUCAGAGCCAACGGCACUUCCAAAAAGAGGAUCAAAGUCAUCAAGAUGCUCAUUUUGGUUGCUCUCCUCUUCAUGAUCUCCUGGCUGCCCUUGUGGACUCUGAUGCUGCUGGUGGAUUAUACCAAUUUGGCUGAUGAGCAUCUGGACUUGCUGACCGGUUAUUUCUUCCCUUUUGCCCACUGGCUAGCUUUCUCCAACAGCAGCAUCAACCCGGUCAUCUAUGGCUACUACAACGAGAACUUCAGGCGGGGCUUCCAGGCGGCUUUUAAAUUCCAGCUUUGCUCCCAGGAAUUGAAACACCAGGAGACGUACUCUGAACAAUCGCGGGGUCCCCUCAGCUUUGGGAUGUGCAACAAAGUCUUUGCGCAGAGAAACAGAGGUCUCCGGGCCAACCGGGACUGGCCCCCAAUUCACUGGGGAAAGGGGCUGGAAGACACAUUCCCGGACUUCCAGGAACGGGUGCUGCAGCCAUCUCCCAGCGCCGAUCUAGCGCAGCAGAAGGGCGGGGACUGGAAGACGCGUUCCCAGACUUCUGGGACGCCAUCUCCCAGCCCCAGCCUCAACCCAGGGUCGAUUUUGCCCUUCUGCUAUGCUGAUGCAAUCCCGUCAGUGCCGCAGUUCGCUCCUUGCCCCAGCCGGCAUUCGACGAGAGUCAAGGGGUGGGGGUCCGUUCGCUCCCCGCCCCAGCGGCGGUGGACCAGACCACUCAGCCAGGCGGCGAAAGAUGACAGUGGCGGAGGACAGUGGCAGCGAGGACAGCUAAUGAUGAUAAUGAUAUUGAUAAUGCUGCUGCUGCUAACGAUGGUGAUGCUGACAAUGGAUGCUGACUGA